AUGUCCCUCGCGCCGUCCUCGUUACCCGCGUCGACCACCGCGUCCCCUUGUGGCAAGGGCGUGCGUGCGCUUGCGCGUCGCACGAGCGAGUACGGCCCGACUCGAAACAGCUCCGAACGUAGCGAUGGCCCUCAAGAGAACUGCGGCCAAGCCGAGCUGAAACCUAUGGACGCCGCAUCGGCAAUCGGCGACUUCUCGCGCGGAUCCAGCUACACUGGCCUCGUCAAGUCCUCAUCCGGGGGUCCAUUUCUCACGCCUCUUUUCCCAUCGUACGCCUCGUCUGCCACCUCCGUCGCAGCUGCGGUUAGUACUACCUCCGUCGCGCUCUUUCCUUCGGACAGCGAUCUUUCCGUUUCGCAUGCUGUCUUCAAUCCCGCGUCAGCGAGGGACGUAGCGGAACCGGCCGCGGCGGUAACGGCGGCGCGACGCGUCAGUGUGGGAGGCGUAGCGCAGUUCCCGUGCUAUCAGUCGCCACGGGACGUGUUCGCGGAAAUUUCAACCUCCCCAACUGACGAAGCGGCGAUGGCAACAGGCAGCUGUUUCGGCCGAGCAGCAGCGGAGGGAACCACGGGCAGUGGGCGCAGGCGGUUCUCCGAGGCUUCGAGUCGUGAGGAAGCGAUUCGCGCGGGAAUUGAAAUGGGCAUGGUCAUGGGCGUAGGCGUGGAGAUUGGGCAGCGGUGCCGCGAGACUAUGGGCAAGGGCGGUGAGGAAGCAGGAGCUGAUGUUCCUGCAGUGAGCUGCGCGGAUUGGUCAGAGCUGAGCCAUCUGUGCGGCAAGAUGGACGCAGCGGGGAUUCGCAUCGAGCAAAUCGACCUCACCACGCUCGGCGACACCGUUGACGACAUCGCCAUCCAUUGA